AUGGGGAAAGUUCACGGCUCCCUUGCUCGUGCUGGUAAGGUCAAGAACCAGACACCUAAGGUGCAGAAGCAGGAGAAGAAGAAGCCAGUGACUGGCCGUGCAAAGAAGCGCCAGCUGUAUAACCGUAGAUUCACCACAACUUUCUGUUUUGAAGCACCUGAAGGGCAUGGCAGCCAUCGUGAUGCCGAUAACGUGCUUAGGGAGGGAUUAGAUGGAUGGACAGCUAGGGCAGAUGAGGAGUUUCUUAAGGUUGAGCUUCAAGAGUGGCAGAGUGCUUCAACAGUUAGGCGCAUUCAGUAA